AUGUCUCCUGCACCACAAACAACCAUCUGGCGUAUUGCUGGAAUGACUUAUCUUCAGUACGUCAACCGAGCUGCUGGAUCUGUCAGAAGCGCAGUAAAGGAACCCAUGAAGAGCAAACUAGCUGCCCACGGAGAAUUCUCUUACUCAGCAGCAGCAUGGAACGCUGGAGUACAAGGCGCCAAGACGGAAGUCACCGUUUUGGGAGCUGCCGGAAAGGCCACAUAA